AUGGAUGGUUCAUCGGCGGCUAGUGCCUCGAAAGAAACGGGAACGGGAAGUAGCGAUACUGCCUCCACUUCAUAUCAACAAUAUCCGGAAAUGAGUGCUGAGCAAGAGUUUUUCUUAUACGAACUUGAAACGACUGAUUCGGGUAGUGUUGGUUUGGUGCUAAGAGCAAUCUAUGAUUGUGGUGAUGUCCACAAAUUCGCACGUGCUCUAGAGCAUCGCAUACAUCAUUAUGAUAAAAGCAUCCAGAGAAUUUGCUCGUAUCAUUAUCAAGGAUAUGUUGAUGCAAUGAAACAACUGUUGCAAUUGAAGACACAAAGUUUGGAAAUCAAGGAUGAAGUUAAUGCGGUAGAUCAUAAUAUCCAAGAAAAUAGCAAAGAGUUGCGAAAACGUAGUGCGGAAAUAGUGCGUUAUAGAAAAUUGCAAAGGAAUGCGAACACUGCUAUCGAUCACAUUUCUCUGUGUUUGCCCGUUCUUGAAAAUUAUGCAAAACUAAACGAGCAUAUGCAACAGAAGAAGUUUUAUCAGGCACUGAAAGUACUCGAAGAAUUGGAACACACCUAUAUGGUUCAUGUUGACAAUUAUCGCUUUACACAAACGUUGAAAAAAUCAUUACUUCCAAUUCGUGAACAAAUUAAGGAAAAAUCGUUUUCAGAAUUCACGGAUUUUCUAGAAGAUAUCCGAAAAGUUUCCGGACGCAUCGGGCAGCAUGCAUCAAAAUGCACUGCUGAACAACACUCUUUUGGAAUGACCGAAGCUGAACGUGUGAAACGUUUACAGGAAGAGACGAAAAAGAAUGCUGUGAAUGGUGACGUCGUGCUUUCAUCGGAUGGUUCAGUUGUCAAGAAAAAUGAUAAAGGACAACGAAAAACAAUGCAAAUACCCCUUCUUGAAGAGGACGAGUUACUUAGUGCUCAAGAUCUUAUAGAUUUCACACCUAUUCAUCGAUGCUGUCAAAUCUUCAAUGUUAUUGGUGAGAAAGAGACUUUCGAGGCUUAUUAUAGAAAACAACGGAAGGAGCAAGCAGUGGUUGUUAUUCGACCACCAAGCAAACUGCAAGAGUCAAUACAUUCAUACGUGAAGUAUUUGGAUGAAAUUAUUGGCUUCUUCGUAGUAGAAGAUCAUAUUAUGCAAACAGAAUCUAGUUUGGUAACGGCGGCUUAUAAGGAUCAGCUUUGGGAAAUGGCACUGCAUCAAGUUACAACCACCAUGAAUGCCCAUUUUGGAGGUUGUUUGGAUGUUGAGAUGAUGUUGAAGAUGAAGAAAGUAAUUUUGUUGUUUGCGAUGACAAUGAAAAGUUAUGGAUUUGGAAUUGGUUCUCUUUACACUCUUCUUCAAAAUUUCAGAGAUCAGUACAAUGAAAUUCUGAUGCGGGAAUAUUGUGCCCAAUUUGAGCGAGAUCUUGAAAGUGACAAUUAUACACCAAUCACAGCAAAAGAUGAGGAAGCAUUCAAAGCAGUAGUGACACAGUUCCCCUUCUACCGAAGAGGAAUGGAUCAAGAGCCCUAUCCUCGGAUCUUUCCGUUUUCGAAGUUCGUGCCAGCAGUGUACAGUCAAGCGAAGAAUUACCUCGUUGGUUGCUUGAAAUUUAUGGAACACUUGCAGCUUUCUCCCACUGAGGUUGAUGACACAGUGCGCCGUUAUGCAAAUGUGCUUCUUGCACGAUGGUCGGGUUCUUUGAAAAGUUUUGUAGCUAAUAAAAAACGAACGCUCAUACAGCUUAUUCAAAUUACAAUUAAUAUUGGUUAUCUGGAGAAGACGUGUGAAUCACUGGAGCAUUAUAUUAGUAAACUAACAAACGCAAGUAAUGGUCCUGGUAGCACUGCAGGGCAUUUAGUUGCAUUGAAAGAUCAGGUUUUUAGAGAUGCGCGUUCUGAAGUAGAGCAGCAAAUUGAUGACGCACUUCGUGACAAAGUGGAUGCUUUUCUUGACCUUGCAAACUACGAUUGGGAACUGUCAGGUUCGAGUGGUCGAGCGAGUGAUUACAUCACAGAUUUGAUCAAGUUUUUGGAAACAACUUUCGUUUCAUUUAGUAAUUUGCCAAGCCUUUUGGCAAGGCAUGUUUGCAUGCAGACUUGUAAAUAUUUGGCAAAUCGAUUAACAGAAUUACUUCUGAAUACGGAUUUGAAAACUGUGAGCACUGGUGCACUUGAUCAGUUUGAUUUGGAUGUGAUACAGUGCGAAUUAUUUGCUUCUCAGUGUCCUGUUGCAGGAUUGGAAGAUGGAACUCUUGCGGUGACUUUUGCUAGUUUGCGACAACUUCUUGAUCUGGUUAUGAAGGCUGAUUGGCCAACUUACUUGGCUGAUUACGGAAAAGAAGAAAGCAAGUAUUCAAGAGUCAAAGCCUCGCAUGCGAUUGUCUUAUUGGAGAAGCUGAUUGAAUUCGAACGCAAAUCAUCAAGUUUUUUCGCCAAAGGUCGUGAGAAGGAUCGUAAAAAACUUCUGGAUACAAUUCUUCGUCAACUACGAGCUCUUGCCAAUCACAUUGCUCCCUGUGCCACUGGUAGAUAUGCAUUCCGGAUUAUUUUUAGUUUUAAGUAUGGUGAAUUUGCGAGAAUUCGAAGUGGUGUAUCUUCUCAAGAAUAUAUAUGUCCAGAUGAUGUAAUGUAUUUGGAUCUGAAACCAUGUAAUCCAAAUGACCGAAAUCAAUGUCCAAAAAAUUUUGCCUGUCGACGUAGUCGUUUAUCCAGAUCUGGGUUUGAAGAGCUGGAACUUUCACCUCAAAUAUUUCCACAAUAUCCAUCAUCCAUUCUCGAUUAUGUAAAUAUAAGCAGUUAUGAUGCAAAAUAUCCUUCACCAGUUGUUCAUUUGGGUGAUGAAUUGCAAGUACUCAAUUAUCCUAAUUAUAUAACUGCUAAUAUACGAGCUUUUCAAUUUCAAUCAAUAAUUCCAGCUCGUGGUGGAUACCUUCAUGUAGUCUCACUAAUUGAUAUUACGAAACGGCCAUCUGCACUAUUUAUUAAUUAUGAUUUACCAUCAACAGGUUCCGCUUCAGUAAAUACUGAAAAUAUCACUGAUUCGAAACAUCAUUUUUUCGGGUAUAUCAGUAAUGGAACCAUAUCUGUGCAAGAUACUUAUCGUCAGCAAUACGUUGUAAUCGUAUAUAAGACCGAAUUUCCUCUGAGUGAUCACGUGAAUGUUACCGCUGAUAUAAUACGCUUCAUUGAUCAAAUCUCUUAUUUCAUCAGCAAUUCAGCAACUGGUCGUGCUCUUGGUAAACCUAUUGCUGGAUUAUUCUUUUAUAUUACAUCGAAGCGAACAUUAUUUCCAAUACAACCUAAACCUCAACCAAUGCCACCAUAUUUACCGCAUCGCUCCAAAUCUUCGACGAUAUGUAAUCGAAAUUUUAUUCUUGCAUGCUGUAGCAUGUUUAUAAACAAAAAAAAAGGUAAAGAAAAACUGAAACCGUUGAUUCGACCAAAAUUGUUCCAAAAUGCUACUUUGUUAUGGUAA